AUGAAGCAGGCUUUCUGGUGUAUGUUUAGCCUGUCGGCACUGUUAGCGAGGAGCUCACCCAUUUCUUCAUAUCAGCUCUAUGAGACACCCUUAACUUCAGAAGCUGAGAAAAGAUCUUUUGAUAGCUGUCUAGGAAAUACACCAGAAACCCGACAACAAUGGUGCAACUAUGACAUUAACACGGACUACACUACCACGACGCCAGACACAGGCGUUACCCGAGAAUUCUGGCUUGAACUCGACCAAGUAUAUAUUGCACCAGACGGAAGGACCCGCUGGACACUAGCAUUCAACGGAUCCGUGCCAGGCCCGACACUUGAAGUUAAUUGGGGAGAUACAGUGAUUGUUCAUUUGCACAACAAACUGCCCGCAACGGCGCGCAACGGCACCAGUAUACACUUCCAUGGUAUCAGGCAGUACUACAGCAAUCCAAUGGAUGGCGUGGUAUCCAUAACGCAGUGCCCACUUGCACCAGGUCACACAAUGACAUAUCGUUGGCGGGCGACACAAUACGGAACAACGUGGUACCAUUCACAUAUAGGGCUUCAAACGUGGGAAGGAGCCUUUGGCGGAAUAAUCAUCAACGGACCCGCUAGUGCCAACUAUGACGAAGACAAGGGCGUCAUCCUACUAAGCGACUGGGAUGCUCGGACAGUUGACGAGCUCUGGGAUACGGCACAGCUUAUCGGGUCACCAAUGCUUGAUAAUGGGCUUAUCAAUGGAGUGAAUGUCUUCGGGGAAGAUGAAGAUCCCAAUCAGACCGGAUUCCGCUUCAAUAUCUCGUUCGAAGCGGGGAAAUCCUACAGAUUACGUUUGGGUAAUGCGGCAUGUGACACACUAUUCUCGUUUUCUGUAGAUCAUCAUUUGAUGACGGUCAUUGCCACUGACCUCGUUCCAAUAAAACCAUACACUACAUCGGUCAUCUACAUUGCAAUUGGACAGCGAUAUGAUAUAAUUAUACACGCAAAUGAAAGCACGGACGAAAGCUUCUGGAUGCGAGCUAUACCACAAAAGGCCUGCUCAACAAACAGCAACGCCAACAACAUUCGAGGAAUAGUAUACUACAACACACGUGGAAGCGAGCAUGAAACCCCACCAACGCUCCCAAUCACGACAGCCCACAACUCCACUAGUACCAAUAGCUGCACAGACGAAAAAGCCUCAAAUCUAAUCCCAAUAAUCUCACAAGCCUUCCCGGACCAAAGAGGCGAAUCAUAUAACGAAACACUCCCAGCCACAGUCUCCACAACAACUAACUCAUUUUAUCGCUGGCAGCUGAACGGGACGAGCAUGUACCUAAACUGGAGUGAACCCACUCUGCGCCAGAUCCACACAGACACAUAUGCAGACUUGGUCUCGACCAACAAAUCCCCAUCCACUGCGGUGAUUGCGGUUCCACACGCCGAGGAAUGGGUACUAGUGGUGAUUGAAACAUCCGUCGGCGUACCACAUCCAAUUCAUCUACACGGCCAUGAUUUUUUAGUGGUUGCGCAAGGACCAGGACGCUACGAGGUUCCAGGCGAACGAAGUGGAAAGGCUAGUGCAAGUAGAAAUGGACUUGUGCAUUUGGCGGGGACGCUACCCAAGCGCGAUACGGCGCUGCUACCAGCAUGGGGCCAUCUUGCUCUAGCGUUCCGCACAGAUAACCCUGGAGCGUGGCUCCUGCACUGUCACAUUGGAUGGCAUCUUGAGCAAGGGUUUGCAUUACAAUUUGUUGAGCGGGAAGCGGAGAUAAAGGAGCUUUUGGCUUCGGCUUGGGCAGAUGAUAUGCAAUUUCUGUCGGAUAGUUGUGCUGUGUGGAGUGACUAUGCUAAGGAAUGUGCUAUUUUGGAAACUGGGUCUGGAGUUUGA